AUGGCUACUUCUAUAGCAUCCCACGAAAAGCUGGUCGAGUUUGACCUUGUUCAAUCUCACUACAAGAAGGUGGGAGAUCACGAAAUCCGUGCAGAUUUUAUCAUCCCCCACGCAGAGUGUACCGGGAAACGACCGCUCAUUGUCCGGUUUCAUGGGGGCGGUCUUAUAACUGGAGACUCACUAUCCAUGGAAUGGUUCCCGCAAUGGCUUCUUGAUCUGGCCAAGAAACAUAAAGCUGUGAUUGCAACCGCCAACUACCGUCUUCUUCCUGAAGCGACGAGUCUCGACAUCUUCGAAGAUGUCGAAGACUUCUGGACUUGGCUUCACUCCUCAGAUGUUGAAGAGCUCCUGUCGUCAUGUGUAAACCCAACAAAACUAGAUCUCGGCCGCAUCAUUACGGCAGGCGAAUCUGCGGGUGGUCUACUCAGUGUAUGCCUAGCUCUGGCUCAUCCGGACGAGAUCCGAGCGGCAACAGCAAGUUACCCAUGUCUCGAUAUGGCUUCGGCGCACUUCAGUACCCCAAACUCGGUGCCAUUAACCGAUCCACCCGUUCCUGAGUCGGUGAUUGACGAAAAUCUGGCCCAAGUCAAGCCUGGAGCUAUUAGAUCAUCCGCUUUGUUGCCUGACCGGCUGGAUUUGAUGCUUGCAGCGAUUCACUACGGGCGCCUUACCCAAUUAUACGAGAGAAAGGUUGAGAGCUCACAUCAACGAGAUCUGCGGUACCCCUUAGAGAAAAUAGACCAGCCAGAUGCUAAGAUUCCUCGUGGUGGGAUUGCUAUGAUCCAAGGGCUGCAAGAUGACAUCGUGCCCGCCGAAGGCAAUCAGAAAUUUGCUGAAAAGGCACGCGAUAUCAUGAAAGGUAAACCUUAUGCUGAUAAAAUUAUACUGGCUUUACGAGAAGGUGCCCAUGGAUUUGAUAUCAUGACUCGUUUAGAAGAGGAAUGGAUGCAAGAACACCUGAAAGCGGCGGUUGAGGCUUGGUUGGCAUAG